UACGGAUAUUCCUAUGUUGUAUUUUAUGUAGGCCUAUAAUUAGCAUUAUGUAAAGGCAUAUAUAUAAGAGAAAUCCACUGCAUUUUGCAUUCUUUUUAAACCGGGCAGUGUGUGAUCAGCGCAAAGAAAUUCAGUGCUUUACCAGCCCCUCCCCCUCAGAUAUUGAGCUGUUAUCAAGAUCUAGCCUAUUUUGUUUUUAACUGGGUCACUAUAAAGAGAAGAAAGCAUUGGUUGGACGAUAGUAGGGCAGUCAUGUCAAUGAUGGCGCAGCAGCAACACCAAGGCUAUGGUCCAGGUCAGCCACAACCCCCAUACCCCCAGGGUUCUUUGGCAGCCCCAGGGGGUGCACCCCCAGGACAGCAGGGACCAGAUCAGGCAGCAGCAGCUACAGCUCCUCCCUUAGAGAAGAUGGACCAUGUUGCUGGCUAUGAAAAUGUGGGAUUUAAUGCGGCUGCUGCUCCCCCGCCAGCAUAUGCAGAUGCUGUGGCACAGGGUCCACCCCCUGAGAGGAGAGAUAUACAGAACGUACCUGUGAUAACAGAGGAACAAGCACGUGAAGCCAUGUUGCAGUAUGUAGCCGAGCACUGUUGCUACGGUAGCGGCACUGCUAAAGAGAUGGUGUUUAGAGACCUACAGUCUAGCAGUGCAUUCCAUUACACAUUGGAGACCUUUACCGAGAAACGACAGACAUCUUGGGCAUAUGAGCCUUACAUAGGGCAGCCAAUUGACGGCCCACAUAACGGCCCUGCCCCAGGCCCCUGGGACAUACAGGUGCAACCACCCACAAAGUUCAAGACCCAACACUCUCAUGUGGAGGUCCCACACACUGCCUCUGUCAAGCCAUGCCAUGACUGUAUUGGGAACGGUCGUGUGAGAUGCCACCAUUGCCAUGGCUGUGGACAUAGUCGCUGCCACCACUGUCACGGACAUGGGACCGUGGAGCGUUACGAGGAUGGACACCACCAUCACCACACUUGUCAUGUCUGUCAUGGCUCUGGGAAUGCCAGAUGUCACGUGUGUCAUGGCCAUGGUCAAGUCCCCUGCCGUACCUGUGAUGCCAAGGGGAACUUAAAGUGCUUCAUACGCUUGACCAUCACAUGGACCAACAACAUGAAUGACCACAUCGUAGAGCGUACAUCCCUCCCCGAUGAACUGAUCCGGUCAGUGACUGGGCAGGUGGCCUUCGAGGAGGAACUUCCUCGUGUCUGGCCCAUCAACCACUUCCCAGAUGCAACCAUCAACCAGGCAUCCCAACAACUGGUAGAGAGACACAACACACAGUUCCAGAUGGAGAGGAUUUUGUUGCAGCGUCACCAAGUGCGUAUCAUCCCAGUGACAGAAAGCCUGUACACCUGGAAGGGAAAAGACUACAACUUCUUUGUAUAUGGCUUUGAGAACAAGGUGUGGACGUCCAACUAUCCACAGUCCUGCUGCUGCGGGUGCACCAUCCUAUAGAAAACUGUUCCUUUUUUUUUUUUUUGACAUGGGUGCACCAUCAUAUAGAAGACUGGGUUUCUUGAUGUGGGUGCACCACCACAAAAGAGACUGGGUUUUUUAUGUGGGUGGCCCAUUAUAUGGGAGACAAGUUUUCUUGGUGUGGGUGCACCAUCACAUAAGGACAAUGUUUCUUGGCGUUUUGAUUGCAUGUGUUGGGAGAAGGGGGUCAAUGAUGAAAUGGGGUAAAUUUGUUUCAAAUCCAGAGUCCUUGCAAUUGUCAAAACUGAAUCCAUACUUACAACUGGAGAAGGGGAAGUAUUAGGAUGGGGUUUCUCAUUCAGUUCAUUUUUUUUUUUUUUGUAAAAGCAACCAUAUCUCCAAUUAUUUAAAUGCUAUAUGUAAAUGUCUUUAUCAGGAAUGGGCUAGACAAUAUACACAUCAGAGAAUCAUGGGAAGAUGUUAUUUUUUUAAGUGGUCAGUGUUUACAACUUUAUCUCCAAUUUUAAAUAGUAUUUGUAAAUGUCUUUAUCAAAAUGUACUAGACAGUAUACACAUCACAGAAAUGUGAAAAGACAUUCAUUUUUGGUAGUCAUUGUUUACAAUUAAAAGGUGGGUCAUUCCACAAGAAAGUGGUCAUUUGAGUCAGGUCAGUGAAACAAGCAUUUUGUGUAAUAUUUAUAGAACUGUGUUUUAUCACUUUUGAAUGACUGCCAAUUUCUUUCCAUGUUGGAGAGAGUCAUCAUACAAAAAAGCAAAAUAUUAUGACUCGAGCCAAAAUUAUGCAAAUAUUACACAAGAUGUGUGGGUUGUGCACUGUCAUGACUUUUAAGUUUUAUUUAAAAAUAAUCACUUUCAUUGUGGAUUGACCAAGGCUAGGAUAUACAUUUGUAACUGUGCCUUAGAAUACUGUAUAAUGCACAAACAGUUUGCCUUGUGGAAUGUGUUGCUUAGUCUUAACUAUUUAUGUUGUUGAAAAAUUAAAAUCUGAAAAUGAACCGAUCUAUGCUUGCAGUUGAUAGUGUUUACCGAGGAUGCUUUAUUAAACCAGAAUGUAUAGCAGUCUGCCAGAUAUGUUAUAAAUUUAAACUGUUUAAUUGAAAAGGAAGUCUGUCAUUUGUGAUUAAAUGAUGUUGGAUAAGUCAGUGUAAUUGAUAUCAGAACUAACCCAAGGCAUACACUAUCACUUAUACUGGUACUUUCUUUUUUCUUGUAAAUGAUGUCCACAUGGGUGAAAGUUGUAAAAACUGAAAAUCCUGAAAACAUAGCUUGUAGUUCUUCAUUGCUUUUACUAGACCAUUUAAAAAAAUGAUCAAAAUGAAGACUGUAAAUCCUGCCAACUUUUGCCACUAUUUCAAGAGUAGCUGUCAAAGAGAGUAUUAUUGCUUGUUGAUCAAUGCUUCAAUGUAUCCAGUACUUUGGCAGUUAUUACUGUCCAGAUCUUUAAUAUUUUACUGGCCAGUAUUAAGUAGUCUUCUGGUUAGACUUUGAUACUGUGUAUCAGUCUUAAGAUGUUAGGAACUACAUAUUUUGAUAGGUAGACUUUAUGAUAACGUAGUAUCCAACUCAUGGAUAUGUCCAGAGAAGAAGCCAGUAUUGCAUUGUCCUAUCAAUAAAAUGAUUGAUUUGCAAAGUAUUUGUUUCAUCUUUUACUCAUUGACAUGCGAGUGAAAUUGGAUUUCAUUUAAUAUAUUUGUAAUUAUGUUUGCUUUGUAUUCUCAGGGGAGAUUGCAUAUUAAGUUAAGGUCAGUAUUCCUAGUGCUGGUUUACAUUCAUGUGUAGUUACUUUAAAUGAUGGAGAAAUGAACUAAAAUACACAUUCCACAUCGAAAUUAAGUUUCAGCUAUUUGACUUCUACAUGAAACAAAACAGUGACUAAACUGACUGGAGAUUGGUUAGCCCUCCUUUUUUUAACUGUUAAAAAAAGUAAUAUUUUUGC